CAGUGGGGCGGUUUCGCUCAACAAGGCUCGAUUGAGAACGUAAACUCAUAAUUAUUUUGUUUAUUCUCUAGCGCGCGCACUCUCUCUCUCUCUCCUCCCUCUCUAUCUAUUUCUCGCUCUCGUGCACUCUGGUCUGCAUUGCCGCAUGUAAACUGCUCGUUUGGAGUUCGUUUGAUUUACUGCUAGCGGCUUUUCAGUUUCUACGCAUUGCCGUUUUUAAUAUAAACUAUUUCCUUUGGACUGGACAAUAAAAUUAUCAUUAACUUUGUAGAGGGAAGUACGGGUAUUAGAACUAGCCAAGGAGGAAACGGCUCUCAGCUAAACCAGCGAAACGGGCUUCUCCCAAAACGUGAUUGCUUUCCACCACAUCCCAUGGACUGCUGAAUGAAGGUUGUCUAGAACCAGAAUUUAAUGGUGCUACUGAAUGCUCGUUUGCAUUCCGACUCGUGGGGACUGUUCUUAUAUAAAUCUGAUAUAAAUCACAGAUGUCUGUAGUUAAAUUUUCAAAUUUGACGAAAGGGACAGGAUCGGAGCAACAUAGCCUAUUGAUUCGCUUUAAACUCAAUGGCCGCCCUAAUCACAAUGACACUGAAAUAAUGUGAGACGUGGUUUUAACCUGAUGUGAUUUUUCCUCUUCAACGUUUUUCAAGCAGAAAAAGUGUCUCCCAGAAAACAGUGUUUUCAUGUUGAUUAAGCUUCGCGCAUGCGUUGCCAUUAUCGGAAUUAUUUCGCCACCCAGGACUAAGUUGCAUUCCCGAAUCCACACUCGAGCUAAUUCUUUCAUCAAAGUUAGGAAUGUGGACAGUUCAAGAACGAGGAUGUGCCGGGAUUUUGUGUAUUCCUUUGAUGGUCGCCGUUGUCUGCUGUGCACAAAGCGCGAACGAGCCAAGCAACAUGUCCUACGUGAAGGAGACCGUGGACAAAUUGCUGAAAGGAUAUGACAUUCGCUUAAGGCCUGAUUUUGGAGGUGCCCCUGUGGACGUCGGGAUGAGCAUAGACAUCGCCAGCAUCGACAUGGUCUCUGAAGUGAAUAUGGAUUACACCAUCACCAUGUACUUCCAGCAGUCCUGGAGAGACAAGCGGCUGUCCUACACCGGGAUUCCUCUCAACCUGACCCUGGACAACAGGGUUGCUGACCAGCUCUGGGUCCCCGACACCUACUUCAUCAAUGACAAGAAGUCCUUUGUGCACGGCGUGACUGUCAAGAACCGCAUGAUCCGCCUGCACCCAGACGGCACCGUGCUGUACGGCCUCAGGAUCACCACCACUGCCGCCUGCAUGAUGGACCUGCGAAGGUACCCCCUGGAUGAACAGAACUGCACCCUGGAGAUUGAAAGCUAUGGCUACACCACGGAUGAUAUCGAGUUCUACUGGCAAGGUGGAAGUGCGGUCACAGGAGUUGACAACAUUGAGUUGCCCCAGUUCUCCAUCAUAAAUUACAGAACGCUGUCCACAAAAGCGGUCUUUACAACAGGGUCCUAUCCCAGACUGUCGCUGAGCUUCAAGCUCAAGAGGAACAUCGGCUACUUCAUCCUGCAGACGUACAUGCCCUCCACCCUGAUCACCAUCCUGUCCUGGGUCUCCUUCUGGAUCAACUACGAUGCAUCUGCCGCAAGGGUGGCCCUAGGUAUCACAACUGUCCUCACCAUGACUACCAUCAGUACUCACCUGCGGGAGACCCUGCCUAAAAUCCCGUACGUGAAGGCCAUCGACAUCUACCUGAUGGGCUGUUUCUUCUUCGUCUUCCUGGCGCUGCUGGAGUACGCCUUCGUCAACUACAUCUUCUUUGGACGGGGCCCUCACCUCCAGAAGAAAGAGGCGGACAAGGCUGCCAAAACAAACAAUGAAAAGGCCAGGGUAGAGACCAACAGGGUGCAGGUGGACGCCCACGGCAACAUCCUCCUCACCAACCUGGAGAUCCGGAACGAGAUGGGUGGCGGAGAGGUGCUAACGGGCCUGGGCGAUCCGCGGACGACCAUGUUCUCCUACGACAGCGCCAGCAUCCAGUACCGCAGGCCCUUGGCCAGCCGGGGGGACCCAUACGGCCGCCCGGCCAUCGACCGGAGCGCGGACCACCAGAAGAGUCGGCUGCGGAGGAGGGCCACCCAGCUCAAGGUCAAGAUCCCCGACCUGACAGACGUGAACGCGGUCGACAAGUGGUCCCGCAUCAUCUUCCCUAUCGCCUUCACGUUCUUUAACCUGGUCUACUGGCUUUAUUAUGUGCACUAAUCCUUCACUACUGCAGCGUAUUCCGACAAUGUUUAUUUUAUUUUCUUUUUUUCUCAGAAGGGGCAUAAGGUAAUAAAUAUGUGCAAAUUUCAAAGCAUGAAGAGGCAUUCAGUCAACAGUCUGAGUUUUGAUCCAAGGCCCUCUAUUGGAAAUAGCUUAUACUGUAGUAGUGAAGAUUCAAAAUACACAUGAACUGUACAGUUCAACUUUGUGCCAAAUGUAACAAUGGUACAGUUAUGGAAAUGACUUCAACCCUGUCCUGUAGCUUAGUGCCAUAGCAGCGUGUUAUUCUGCAUGCAAUUAACAUGUCAGUCUUUUGAUUAUCUUAAAAAGGGCAGACAAAGUAAAUGACACAGAUGAAUGUUUUUGGUUUUUUUUCCCUGGCAUUUCGUUACAACGCCAGCCCCAGUUGCUGAAAGCAUUAUUCCGAAAUGUUCCACAGAUAUAUACAGUAAAAUGCAAAAGUAUUGGGACAGUGACACUAUUUUGUGUAUCAUGUUCAUCAUACAAGGAAUAUGAGUUUAAAGUUCAGACUGCCAGCUUUCAUUUGAGGGCAUUUACAUCCAUAUUUGGUGAUCCGUGUAAGUAUCACAGCUCUUUUUCAUGCAAAGGCCCCCAUGUUAGGGAAUCAAAGGUAAUUUAACAAUUGGCUGCUCAGCUGUUUCUUGACCAGAUGUGUGUGUUUUAUCAUUACAUCAUGCACAAGAAAGCUAACAAAAGUUCAAGAGUUGAUUCUAGAUGUGGAAUUUGUAUUUGGAGUCUGUUGCUGUUGACUAAGUAAGUCUUAAUGCCAGUAAAAGAUGCCAUUAUGAGGCUGAACAAUACAUUGUGAGGAAGCAAGAAUUCACUGGUGAGCACAGCAAUAGCAAAUGACCUGGGAGACCCUAGAAGACCACUGUUAUGUAUGACCAAAUAAUUAUUUCAAUUGUGAAGAAAAAGCACUUUUCCUCUGCCAGUCAGAUCAAAAACACCCUUCACGAUGUAGACAUAAAUGUGGUAAAGACUAUAAAGAGAAGACUGCACUAGCAUUACCUCAGACGGUUCACUGCAAGAUGCAGACCACUGGUAAGCCUCAAGAGCAGAAUGGCUAGGUGUGAGUUUGCUAAAAAAAGAAAAAAGGACAUUAAACAAACUGUAGAGUCUUAUGGACCGCUGAGAUGAGUAUUAACGUGUACCAAAGUGAUGGAAAUAAAAAAGUGUGGAGUAUGGAACUGCUCAUGAUUCAAAGCACCCCCCUCAUCUGUGAAACAUGGUGGUGGGAGUGUAUGUAUUUCUGCUUCUGGAACUGGCUCAUGUGUCUUCAUUGAUGAUGAGGCUGCUGCAGGAUGAAUUCUGAAAUGCACGUAUGACCUUGCAUGCAGUGCUUGAAGUCUGUGUUGCAUAGACAUCACCAGGUGCUGAGUAUCUUCUGUUGCGAUGCUUUUUUCGAGGGCUAAUUGAUUUAAGUUUUCUCUUCAGCAUAUGAAACACAUGUUCAUUUAGAUUUGGAUCGGGGCAAUGAGUUGGCCAAUAUAGAAUUUUCCAGUUUUGGUUUUUGUUGUUUUAACAGUAUGAUUGGAAUGGUUGUCUUGCUGAGAUUGUAAGCAUUUGGGUGAACUUGAGCAGAUAAGAUGCUUCUGUACACUUCAGAAUUCAUUCUGCUGCUGCUACAUCAUCAAUGAACACAAUUGAGCAUUAUCUGUGUUCGCCAUACAUGCCCAAACCAUGACACCCCCACCACCAUGUUUCACAGAUGGGGGGGGGGAUGCUUUGGUUCUUAGGCAGUUACUUUUGGCCUCCACACUUAGCUCUUGCUAUCACUCUGAAACAUCUAAAUCUUGGUCUCUGUCCAUUGUCAGAACUCUAUAGCCUCUUUUAGAUACUUCUUAGUAAACUAAUCUGGAAAUUCUGUUUUUGCAGCUAACUAGGGUUUUGCAUCUUCCAGUGUAGUUCUGUAGUUCUAUUUGUGAAGUCUUCUGUGGACAUUAGUCACUGAAACAGCUACGCCUGCCUCCUGAAGAGAGUUUCUGAUUGGUCAGACAGGUGUUUGGGAGUUUUUCUUCAUUAUGGUGAGAAUGAUUUGGUCAUCAACUGUUGAGGUCUGCCUUGGUCUACCAGGCCCUUUGUUAUUACUCCUCCAGAGUUCACCAGUGCUCUCUUCUUUCUUAAUGAUGUUCCAAAGAGUUGAUUUUGGUAAGCCUAAGGUUUGGCAUAUGUCUCUAACUUAUCUCCUUGACUUUUGACUUCCUUCGGUAGAACUCUGGCCCUCAUGUCAACAAACACCAAUAACAGGCUCCAAUGGCAAUGAAAACCCUACAAUCAAGACUGUCUUAUACCUGUAGUAAGGAAGAAAUUGAACACACCUGACUAAUUAGAAAUACACGUGAAGCCACUUUUCCUAAACAUUAUAGUGCCCUGAAAUGGGGGGACUAUGUAUAAAGAGUGCUGUAAUUUCUACAUGGUGAAACCAAAAUGUAUAAAAAUAUCCUUUAAAAAAGCUGAAAAUCUGCACUUUUCCCUCUUGUGAAUGGUUUGAUUACAAAUCGAAAAUUAUGGAGUGCAUUAUGGAGCCCAUAGAUAUAUAUGCUUCAAAUAUUUAAAAAACAUAACAUUUUAAUUCAUUGUACAAGUUCUGUAUAUCUACAUAUUGCUCUUUGUGUUUUAUUAUAAAUGGAAUUUUGCAAUAUUUUGUUCCAAUUCACAGUUUCUGCACAAAUGAAAAUGGCUGUAAGACUUACGAACAACUUAUGAAUAGUACACAUAAUGUAUAUUACUACUUUAUUAGGGUACCCAGUCUGAAGCAGAGCUAAUUUGCAUGAUUAUAUUUCAUCUGUGAUGUGAUAUAUCGUAGUUUCACCUUUGUGUCUGUAUUAGGAACAUGUAUAUACACAUGUAUUUUUGUGUUUCAGUUCUAAGACAUGAACAGCACUUUUCAACUGAAGAUAUAUCAGCAGUUGAUCUUUAAAAAAAGCAAAGAGCAGACAAUCUGCCAUCCUUAUAUAUUUUUCAUUUUAUUCAGAUGAGGUUUAUUGACAGAGAGGGGAUCACAGUGCAGACAGUGUCAUGGUGGGGAAUCGAUCUCCCUCCCACAGGGGUAGAGUCGUAUAUGGGUUGAAAUUUGGCCGUCCCACGGACUGUGCCAUAGUUAAUCUUUUUAUGAUCUUGUUUCCCUCAUCUCAUUUCUAUUGACCUUUAAAUGCAUAUAUAAUUGGAGAUUGAAAGAAAGUUAAAGUAUAAAUAAAUAAAGUUUCUGGAAAAAUAAAGUUAAUAAGUAUUUGAAGUUAUACUCUGGGCAAGCUGUAGUUGGAGGCAUUGAACACAUGGAAAGUGAGAGCUCUUACAAGUGAGAUCCAUGAAGUGAACUGUUAAGCUUGCUACCUCAAAAUGGCAGGUAUCUUCCCAAGUGGGUGAGAAAUUACUUAUCAUUUAGCAAGACACUUUAUUUGAACUAAGUCAGUAAAUACUUGGCUGUAUAAAUGGAGACGAUAUGUAGAGAGCUAUUUAACUUGCCCUUGUUGUAAGCAUCUGUUUGACAAAUACAAAUGGUUCAUAUAGAAGAAUGCCUGGUAUGUCCAACCAUGUUUUCCUUGGAUUUUAUUUUCUCAUAGAACAAUCUUUGGUGCCUUUUAAUUUCAUCUAGUUUUUCUCUCUAUUGAGAGAUUAGAUGUUCAUUGCAGAGUAGUUUUGCGCAAUGAUAAUUCCUUGCUUGUCAACUGUUAUAGAAUUUAUCCAAAGUAAUUUUUUGGAAUCUCUAUUGUUCUCAAAAAUCACAGUGCCAAAUUAAUUAUGUAUGAACUAACCUAUGGACUUAAUUGUUUCCUAUCUGGUUAGUCAGGUGCUGGAUCAUUACGACCAAACCACAAGUUAAAAACGAGCACUGUCAAUCAGUGUUGUAUGGCUGUGCUGUCUACAGAGUAAAAGCCUAAUGAACUGAAUAAUUAUUCAGUCAUUUUGAGCACAGAUUCAACAAGCAAGGAGUUUUGCACUUGCAAAAUAAUGAUGGGAAAUCUCACUAUCCCUCAUCUGUAACCUUAUAUUUACACCUUAGAAAGUGUGAUGAAAAAGUUUCCCCCCCCUCCCUGAUUUCCUCGUUGCAUAUUUAUCACACUGAAUGGUUUCAGAUCUUUAGACAAAGGGAACCUGAGUAAACACAAGAUGCAUGUUUUUUCAUUUAGUUUAUGAAAACAUUUAUCAACCACCCAUAUUGCCCAUGUGAAAAAGUAAUUUCCCCGUUAAACUUAAUUACUGGUUGCACCUUCUUUAGCAGCAAUAACUGCAUUCAGAUGCUUCCUAUAAUUAGAUUUUUGUCUUUCACAUCACUGUGGAGGAAUUUGAGCCCACUCUUCUUUGCAGAAUUGCUUUAAUUCAGAGAUAUUGUUAGGUUUUCAAGUAUGAACUGCUCAUUUCAGGUCCUGCCACAACCUCUUUAUUGGGUUCAAGUCAACAAUUUAACUAGGCCACUCCAAAACUUUAAUUUUGUUUCAUUUCAGCCAUUCAGAUGUGGACCUCCUUUUUGUGUUUGGACCAUUGCUUGCUGCAUAACUCAAUUACGCUUCAGGUUCAGCUCACAGACAGAUGACCGGACAUUCUCCUUAAGAAUGUUCUGGUUCAGAGCAGAAUUCAUGUUUCCUUCAACAAUGGCGAAGGUGUCCAGGUCUCAAGGCAGCAAAGCAUUCCCACACCAUCACACUACCACUACAAUAUUUGACUGUUGGUUCGAUGCUCUUACUGUGAAAUGCUGUAUUUGCUUUACGCCAGACAUAAUGGUACCCGUGUCAUCCAAAAAGUUUACUUUUCACUCAUCUGUCCAUAGAACGUUAUCUCAAAAGGUUGGGAAUUAUACAGGUGUUUUUUUUUUGCAAAUGUGAGACGGGCAUUAAUGCUUCUCUUGGUUAGCAUUGGUUUCCGCCUUGUUACUCUCCCAUGAAUCCUAUUUUUGCCCCGUCUCUUUCAUAUUGUGGAGUCAUGAACACUGACCUUAGCUAAGGCUAGAGAGGCCUGCAGUUCCUUGAAUGUUCUUCAGGGAUCUUUUGUGACUUCCUAGAUGAGUUAUCACUGCGCCCUUGGAGAAAUUUUGACAGGCCGGCCACUCCUGGGAAAAUUCACCACUGUUCAAAGUGUUCUCUAUUUUAAGAUAAUGUUGUGGUUUCAUGGAGUUCCAGCACCUUAGAAAUGGCUUUGUAACCCUUUCCAUACUGAUAUAUAUUACAACAAGUCCCUUCUGAAAUGUCCAUAGUGGCAUAGUAUGCUGGUAGAAACUUUUUGGUGACUACUUCACUCUGAUGGUACCGUGCAAUGUGAGUGAGGAUUAGAUUCAACAAGGCUGGUUGCAAUCAAGUCUGCCUGUGUUCAAUCAGCUGAAUCUACUUGUCAGUGAAUUUUGGUUCAUUUGUUGAUUGAGUAACUAAGGGGGCAAAUACUUUUUCACAUUGGUGAUAAAGGUGUUUAAUAUAUAUAUAUAUUUAUGAGUUCUGUGUUUACUUUGUUCCAUUCUGUCUAAUAUUGCAAAGAAAUAACUAGAUAGUAAAUAAUUCAAAAUACAAAGAAUAAUAAAUUAAGAAUAAAUCUCUUGGUAUUGGGAUUUUAUAAGUCCCUCUGCACCAGAACUUCUGCAAAAUGCCUAAAUUUAAGUGGGAUGACCCUUAGGCCCUUUGAUAUGAUCAAGUAUUCAAAUACCUUUCUUACUAUGUAAAGUGCUUAAAUGUCAAAUGUUUUUGUCAAAUUUACUUAGUAGUACAGCAUGCCACCUAAACAUGCUCAUUAGCUGACACAAAGGCAAAUGCAAAUGCAUUUGUAUUAGGUAAGCACAUUAAUAAUAGUCAAUGGCAUUUAACACAAUGUCCUUGACACAGAGAACAGUCAGUGCUCCUUCAGCGUCUCUGAGAUGGAAAUUCUAAAGUGCGUUACUCUGUUGUGUUUGUUAACAUAACUCUCAGGUUUUUCAAUGUGAAUAGCUAAAAUUAAGCAAUUUUGAACCAAGAACUACAUUAAAGAUCCUCUACACAUAUCCCUCUCUUCAUGCCCCCCCCCCUUAAAUGUUCUCUUUCAUUAUGACAGACACUUUUUUUUCCCCCUGAAUACACUAUUUAUUUUUUUUAAAGAGGAAAUUCUGUUUUAGGCAGCCAACUACAGUUUUUUUGUGAGAUUUUGUGUCAAACGUUGAGGCAGGUUUGAAAUGGAAGUCAGUACACUUAAAUUUUUGAGCUGAACUCCAGUUCUUGAUCAGGAGUUCAACAAGCAGUGCUGUUUGGGAAGUAACUAUUCCGCACAUCAUUUUUUAUCAACUAAAGAAUUUCUGUGCCAACCAUGCGUCUUGCACCCACUGAAAGGAUUUGUGGCUCAUGACGUGCUAUAUGGUUGUGGACAGCUGAGUUGUGGAGAUAGGCUUUAACAUAAAUGGCUACAGGAUGGGGUGGCGGUGAGUUCUCCUUUCAAAUGUUCAAAAGGGCUGCAUCCAGGCAAGGAUACAUGGCUACAGAGAGACAUGUGUCCACAGAGAUUUUAACGUGUGCCCAAGAAAUGGCUUGACUCUUCCUCAAUUGCAAUCUGUUCUUCUUUCUAAGAUUCUGCACUUUUUCUUACUUUAUUAUAUGAAAAUAACACUGCCAAAAGUAGAUCUCUGCGCUAUCUGCCGGAUCGCAAAAUCAUAGCAAGGACCGAACAGCUCCGGUUACCCCUGUUUGGUCCAUGCUGUAGAAUAUUUGUGGGAUCUUAUCCCAGGUUUGAAUGUUUUGAAUCAUACCGGAUGUAUUAUUAUUAUUAUUAUUAUUAUUAUUAUUGUUAUUUAUAUUGAUUAUGAUGAUGAUGGUGAUGAUACUAAUAAUAAUAAUAAUAUAAACAGAUGAAUGUGUUUAAGAUAUGAUGUGAAACUGUUAUUUUCUUCACUUCCUAAAUAAUCCAUGGUGAAGGAAGUUUGUUUCCUAUCGAAGAAUUUCCAUCUGUACCCUUUCCUGGGCAGAAUCUGAUAGGGACUUAUAUACAGUACUCGUAAUCAGGGUUUACUAUAAAAACAAACACAACCACAUUUUUACUGGACACAGUGAGUUCCUUUUCUCAUGACCAAGAUCGGUGCCUUCUACCAAUUAUUUUCUCAAAAUUGUCACAGGGUUAAGCUUUCAGCUACUGAGUAGAAUUUCAUUGAGUUGAAACUGAUACUUUAUAAAAUAAAAGAAGAAAAUAGCCAAGCUAUCAUUGCAAGUUUUUUAAUGCUGAAUUUACAUACUAUUCAUCACACAUUGCAGAAUUAUGCUGUAAAUAGAAAAUUUGUUUUGCCAGUUUUUUUCUUCUUUUUUUAUUGGUGUUGUUGAUGAACAUCUAAGAAAUGUAAUUGAUAGUAAGUGCCAUAAAUUAUAGACUUUCUGCAGAGCAUGGCCUUUCUGUUUCCACGAGCCACCGUUUUGAUAUGUAAUGAACAUUUCAGGUCAAAAACUUUUUGACCUUUUGACCAGUGAGCAUUUUCUUUAAUUGUUUAUAUUGUGUCCAUUUGCUGUAAAGUUCCAUGCAUAUGCUUUCUCUUUGUGACUGUAUGCAUGAAUAUUUGAGUGUGCGAGCAACUGUGCAGUUGUAUCUGUGCACGGACUUAUUGGAAAGUGUUGAGGCUUUGUUCAAAGGGGUCCAUCCUGCUGACUACACUUCUAAAGCCUAUCAAAGCCAGCGAAAGUGAAAUGAAUGUAUCACUGCUCUCUAAUAAACCUUAGCAGUUGGAGCCAGAUUUGAAAUAAAAUCAAAUGCUGUGCCAUUUCAUUUCAAGCACUGUAGCCUGAAUUCCAUGAAAAUGUGUCCUUAACUUAUAAUUAAAUGCCAGUGUUUAUGUUCUCCUUAUUUUAAAUGCAGAAAAACACAAAUGCAUGCAUUUAAUUGCAGGCCAGAGUUAAUGACAAGUGUUGAUGGAAUCCAUGCAUAUUUUUCAUCAUUUAGAAAUGGCUGCAAAACUUAUAAUCAAUUGCGAAAAAAGCAAAAGCAAAAUUUUGCUUAAGGUCUGAAUGCAAUGUGUAUCAAUGCAUACACAGUGCAAUGCAGUUGGAUUCCACUGAAGAAUAUGACUGCAAAUAGAAGACCUCAGAGACCUCAGAGAAAUGGUGACAGCUGACAAUCUCAAACAAAAACAUACUCAUUAGCCUAGCAUCCAGUAUUACAAGUGUACUGUACAUUUGCUCCGACUUUCUAGGUUUCAGCAAAUGGAAGGCUAUUCUUUUGGAGGAGGGCUUCACUCAUGCUUUUGAAACCCCUUUGAAAACCAUCUUAACACUCAGAUUUACUCAUCUGACCAAUCCAUUCCAUAGCAGUUCUUGCAAGUUGUGUUUUGUUAAAAAAUAAUCUAAUUUUGUUCGGUAAAUAGUGCAACAACUUUUACAUCAUUGCUACUCAACCAUAUGAGGGGUGUGGUUUCUGCCAACUUCAGUACUUAUUGUGGACUUAACCUGAUUCAGUGAAUCUUUGCUUUGACUGAACCAGUUUGUCCCUCUGAUUUUGAGAAUGUUACUUGAUAUUUGAGCUGUAUAAAACCUGCCGAUUGCAGGCAUUGCAGGUCUGGAGCUGAGUAGAGCUGCUGUAUACAGUUUUAGCCUUAACCAAAUUUGCAUAACCUCCUGUAAAAUGGCAUUCCUUCAAUACUUCAUCUUCACUUCCUGAGCAUGUGAAUUGUGUUCCUCCUUCCUGCUGUUCAGAAUCAAUAUCAAGACAUACAGUAAGGCAUGCACACAUUGCAGUGGACUCUACCAGGCCAGCUGUUUCUUGGAGGCAGAUACAGUAUUUGCCUUGGUCUCUUUUCUUAUUUAUUUUGCCUGUCGUUUACUCAAUUUGGCCUUUUAAAAUUACACCUCCCCCUUUUCCGCCUAUUUGGAAAGACUAAUUGUGCCUUUGGAAUCAGAGUUGUUUCACCCACACCCUAGACAAAGAGCACAUGCACUCGACCAGUGCGCUCCCCCAGCCAGUGAUUAUGUUGCACGCUGCUAUGGCAGAGUUAGCACUGAUUAGCAAAGAAGUAUAACUCUCACAGACAUGGAAGCCUGUGGGUUCUUAGCAUGUCAUCGAGAGGGAGGGGGGAGUAAUUCAGCAGUAAUCUGAGGAGAGAGCCAGCUGUGUCCCACAGUUUUGGACUUCUGGGCAGGCAAUUAAUAACAUAGCCUAACAAAAUGCAGUCAUGGUGGACUCUUUCACCAACUGAGUUAGCUGGUAGCCCCAAGUUUUUAAAAAUAUAUAUAUAUAAUAAUUAAUUAUAGCCACAGAUUGCAGACAUUCUUUACUAUAACAUAUCCUUACUAGAUAGGUUCCAGUUAAUUAUUUUGGGAAAUGCACCAAUGCAAGUGCAUACACAUUAUUUACUAUUGUUCAUUAAUUACACCAGUUAUGAAAAGGUAGUUGGUGGGAACAAUUACCAGCAUACUGACUGGCCCUCCAUAAAGUUUGACACCCCUAGCACAGAACCAAUAGGAAGAAUAAAGAAUGACAUGUCCCUCUGUCUCUCCAUCAAUAGAAUUCAGCCCUCUGAAAAUACUGCACGCCUCCUGCUCUGAUAUGUAAAAGAUAUUUUUCUAUCAGACAUUUUGGCAGAGCUUUCAUUUUUUGUCAAAAAUAUGUAUAGCCAGAAUCCACAGAAUAAUUUUCUCAUAUUGAUUAUAAUUCUACGACUACAUGGGCUCAAUUUCAUUUUAAGGGUUUGUUUAUACUGUUAUAAUACAGGUUGAGCUCACCGAACCGUAAUAAUUUUGUGAAUUAAAGCGCUUGGAGAUAAGUUGUAAAGUUGACUCUAAAGCAAUUUGCAUGUUAUUCCAAAAAAUACUGAAUAAUUAAAAACAUUACUACUCAUAGUUUGUAUCAAACUAGUUUGUAAUAAACAUAACUUGAGUAAAUAUGUUUUAUAAUAAAAAUUGCAUUUUAUUUGAAUACCCCUUUCUAAAGAAGUCACUUACCUGUUUUAACUGGAAAGCUUUGUAAAAAACCAGUCCAGAAAAAAUAGAACUAGUAAAAUGUCUUUAAAAUUAAUUUAAUUAAUUAAUCUUGCCACCAAGCUCUAAUAUUGAUCUAUUACAAAACAGGCUCAUGCUUAACAUGUUUCAGGUAUCUUUUGUUUAAACAAACCCUUAAAAGACAGUGUGAGUUUUAUUUCUUUUUUAGAGAAUUAUUCCUUGCAGUGCAAGUCUUACCCAUGUCUUGAUCCAGGUUUUUUUUUUUUUUUUUUUUUUUUCUGUGUCAGCAUCUCUUUCCAGAUUAUCCAACUUAUCAAAUCCAAGAUUUUAAUGACAAAGCUGUAUAUUCUUGAUGUUAUCUUGUAAAUGCUUUGUGUAAAUAGUUUAAUAAGAAAACAAUUUUUGUGUUAUACCAUAAAUAUGUUUGCUGCAUUAAUUUAUAUUUUGUAUUUAUCGGAGUCUGUAAAUAAACAACUCUACGGAA